AUGGCGUCUGUGGCGGUCAGAAAUUCUAAGGCGAGGCGAGUCUUCACGCUGUCGGCGAGAAUUCGCUCGCCAUGCUGCCGGGGACCCGCCGUCUCCGCCGUUGAAUCGCCGAUCGAUUCGGUUCAGGCUCCGAACCCUUGGUGGAGAUCCAUGGCUACGUUCACUCGCACAAAACCUCAUGUGAAUGUGGGAACAAUUGGACAUGUUGAUCAUGGAAAGACCACCCUAACUGCAGCAAUCACCAAGGUCUUAGCAGAAGAAGGUAAGGCAAAAGCUGUUGCCUUUGAUGAAAUUGAUAAAGCACCCGAGGAGAAAAAGAGAGGGAUUACAAUUGCCACAGCACAUGUAGAAUAUGAAACUGCAAAGAGGCAUUAUGCACACGUAGAUUGCCCUGGGCACGCUGAUUAUGUUAAAAACAUGAUUACUGGAGCUGCUCAAAUGGAUGGGGGUAUUCUUGUAGUAUCUGCCCCAGAUGGGCCAAUGCCUCAAACUAAGGAACACAUUCUACUUGCUCGCCAGGUGGGUGUCCCUUCACUGGUGUGUUUUCUUAAUAAAGUUGAUGCUGUUGAUGACCCAGAGCUGCUGGAACUUGUUGAAAUGGAGCUGCGUGAAUUGCUUAGCUUUUAUAAGUUCCCUGGAGAUGACAUUCCCAUUGUCAGAGGAUCAGCUUUGUCUGCUUUGGAGGGUUCAAACGAAGAAAUUGGAAAGAAAGCUAUUUUGAAGCUAAUGGAAGCUGUAGAUUCUUACAUUCCGGAUCCCGUGCGUCAACUUGAUAAACCUUUUUUGAUGCCAGUUGAAGACGUUUUCACCAUUCAGGGACGUGGAACGGUUGCUACGGGCCGCGUGGAGCAGGGAAUAAUCAAACCAGGUGAAGAAGUUGAAAUUUUGGGACUGUCACCGAACAAACUUAAAACCACAGUAACUGGUGUUGAGAUGUUCAAGAAAACUUUGGAUUUUGGCCAGGCUGGGGACAAUGUGGGUCUUCUUCUACGAGGCUUAAAACGUGAUGAGAUCCAACGAGGAAUGGUAAUUGCAAAAACUGGUACUCUUAAAACAUACACAAAAUUUGAGGCAGAGAUAUAUGUCCUCACGAAAGAGGAAGGUGGUCGCCACACGGCCUUCUUCUCAAAUUAUAGACCUCAAUUUUACAUGAGGACAGCUGAUGUCACUGGUAAAGUCGAGUUACCUGAAAACGUUAAGAUGGUUAUGCCCGGGGACAAUGUAACUGCAAUUUUCGAUCUUAUCUAUCCUGUUCCUCUCGAAGCAGGACAAAGAUUUGCCCUGAGGGAGGGUGGUCGAACUGUUGGUGCCGGAGUUGUUUCCAAAGCCAAUCACAGCACCGGUCAUGACCUCGGUUCACGCACCGUGCUCGCAAGUAAAGAUACCAUCGACCAAACCCUGAAAUUCGAGGAGCUCAUCUCGUCGAUUUUCCGAUUCCAAAGGGAAAAAAAAAGCGAGAUUUCCUCACCAUCGCCUCCGAUCAUAAACCCUAAUCCAUUACCCGUGAUUUUCCGCAGAUUUGUAGGUGUCCAAUCGAGGCCGUGUACGCCGCUAAUGGUGGGAAUGGGUAGGGUUUACCAGGAGACGGCGAGGCCCUCUUCUUCCUCAGCGUCGCCGUCAUCGCCAGCCGUGACGACCUCAACGUCGGUAACGGAAACCGUCAAUGGCUCCCACGAGUUCAAGAUAACGGGGUAUUCUUUGGCGAAGGGAAUUGGGAUCGGGAAGUAUAUGGCUUCUGAUACGUUCAUGGUUGGUGGGUACACGUGGGCGAUUUAUUUCUACCCCGAUGGGAAGAGCGUGGAGGAUAAUGCUACGUAUGUUUCGCUUUUCAUUGCUUUAGCCAGCGAGGGCACAGAUGUUAGGGCUCUGUUUGAGCUUACCCUGUUGGAUCAAAGUGGAAGGGAGAGGCACAAGGCUUUACUUCAUUUUAUCUACUGGGAUGCUCUACCCGAUUUUGAGGAACUUACUGGAAUGAAUUCAAAGUGGGCCUCCACCCUGGUGUCACAGCAUCUACUUGCUGCAGCUGAUCGGUAUGGUUUAGAUAGGCUGAGAUUACUGUGUGAGGCUAACCUUUGUGAAGAAGUUGCCAUCAAUACUGUUGCAACAACACUUGCACUUGCAGAACAGCACCAUUGUUUCCAGCUGAAAUCUGUCUGUCUCAAGUUUGUUGCCCUUCCCGAAAAUCUUAGAGCUGUUAUGCAAACGGAUGGUUUUGAGUACCUGAAAGCAAGCUGCCCGCACGUGCUGACCGAAUUAUUAGAGUACGUAGCUAGGAUCAACGAGCACUCGAUUGUGGGCAAGCAAGGAAUUGAAGGAGUAAUGGAUGGAGGUGAUGCCAAUGGCAGACGUGUGAAGCAGAGACUGUAG